AUGAAUAAUGCAAUCGGCAACAUUGGAAACGUUACAACAACACACUACAACAGCAUCGCCAGUGCCGUCAACAGUUCCGUACCCUAUUGGGAAUAUGCCGCCCUGUUACAACCAUUGGCCGCGUCCAUACCGAGAGCCUUUAACACAAUGGAACAGGCACACACUUCCGAGCACAAAUCGGACGCAGGCACAGCACACCAAGAUCCACAGCAGCACAUGUCCGCACAAUAUUACCCCUCAUCUGGAGCAGCAGCAUUACCCCACACACCCGCCUUUACACGAAAUGACAAUCACAACAACAGCGCCGCAAUCAGUUCUUCUGCGCCAAUUACCCCAUCACCCCCCUUCUACUCCAGCUACAAUAUAUCCGAUGACCUGUUCUACUAUUUCAAUGGUUUUGUGGAACACGGCGACGCCAUCUCAUCAACCAUAUCAAGCACCGCACCAACCAUCACGGCGGAAUCAUUCGCCACAACACCUGCGGAUCCCUUCAACAGCACCAGCAUACCUCAAGAACCGGAUUUGUCGGAGUUUCUCACAUCUCUAUCCAAUGAUCGUGUCAGCCUGCUAUCGUUUCUCUUCCUCUUCUCCUUCGCCACUGUCUUUGGCAACUCGCUGGUCAUACUGGCCGUCAUAAGAGAGCGUUACCUGCACACGGCCACUAAUUAUUUUAUCACCAGUCUGGCGGUGGCUGACUGCUUGGUCGGUUUGGUUGUGAUGCCUUUUUCGGCACUGUACGAGGUCCUGGAGAAUACGUGGUUCUUCGGUACCGAUUGGUGUGAUAUCUGGAGAUCACUUGAUGUGCUCUUCAGCACGGCUUCCAUUCUCAAUCUAUGUGUCAUAUCACUGGACCGCUACUGGGCCAUAACAGAUCCGUUUUCAUAUCCCAUGCGUAUGACUGUGAAGCGGGCCGCAUCGCUAAUCUGUGCGGUAUGGGUGUGCUCCAGUGCCAUCAGUUUUCCGGCUAUACUGUGGUGGCGGGCAGCCCGUGAUGGUGAGAUGCCAGCCUACAAGUGUACCUUUACGGAACACUUGGGCUAUUUGGUGUUCUCCUCGACUAUCUCAUUUUACCUGCCGCUCCUCGUGAUGGUAUUUACAUAUUGCCGCAUUUAUCGAGCGGCAGUGAUACAGACGCGUUCACUGAAGAUCGGCACGAAACAGGUGUUAAUGGCCUCCGGUGAAUUGCAGUUGACGUUGCGCAUACAUCGCGGCGGUACCACACGAGAACCAUCCACCAGCUCUCACCAUCAGGCGCUGCACGGUUCAUUGGGCGGCGGUCCCAGUGGUGGCUCUCAACAUCAUCCGCAUGUCCAUCAUCAUCAUCGUACGUCACAUCAUAAUCACAGUAAUGCGGGCACCACCACAUCUACGCCGGAAGAGCCAGAUGAUGAACCGCUAUCGGCAUUGCACAAUAAUGGUUUGGCUCGGCAUCGCCAUAUGGGCGGUAAGAAUUUCUCAUGGUCAAGGAAAUUGGCCAAAUUCGCCAAGGAGAAAAAAGCGGCGAAAACGUUGGGAAUCGUAAUGGGUGUCUUCAUCGUUUGUUGGCUGCCAUUUUUCGUAGUAAAUUUAUUAUCGGGUUUUUGCAUGGAAUGCAUAGAACAUGAGGAGACUGUAUCGGCGGUUGUAACAUGGUUGGGUUGGUUUAAUUCCGGCAUGAAUCCGGUUAUUUAUGCGUGUUGGAGCAGAGAUUUUCGGAGAGCUUUUGUACGAAUCCUGUGCGUUUGCUGUCCCAGAAAAAUCCGAAGAAAAUACCAGCCGACUAUGCGUUCAAAGUCACAGUGUCAUGUGGCUGCUGCAAUGGUGGCUGCUUCCACCUCAUUUGGCUAUCAGUCCGUGAAUCAGUUCAAUGACAAUCGCACGAUGAUGUGACGCCAGCUUAGCAGUUGCAGUUCCUGUAGCGGGAGCAGCAACUGCGGUAGAAACAGUGUUCUACACCACCAUCAUCAUCAUCACCACCAUUCCCAGCAGCAACAAUCACCACAACAACAGCAGCGUGAAUCCCGGACCUGUACAAGGUGUCAAAGUUUUCAUCGCCACAAUCAUCGUCAACGCCGACGAUCCUCAGGUGUACACUUUGGUGCGGCGACCACAAUGUCUAAUAUCACCAAAGCCAUCGUGACCAUAACACCACCGGUGCCAACGGGUACAGCCAGUGCCAAUGCCUUGACGCCUUCGUCCAUGACAAGUUUGUCACUAAAUUCCGGACUCUCACCACAUCACACGGCCCUCAAUUCACCCGGUUCGUUGAGUGCGGCCACCACACCCAUGACUGCCGGGCCAUCGGGCAAACAUUGUACAUUUGCUCUGACGCCCAUUACCAUACCACCGCCACCUAAUAAAGUCUCCUUCUUGUCGACGGCUAAAUUUGCCAGUUCCUCAAACAUAGCUCUGGCCACCACAUCGGCUAUGGUGGCAGCCUCAGCUGCGGCCGCGGCAUCAAAGACAACACCAACCUCAGCAGCCUCCGCAGCAGCAACACCUUCGAUACGUACACCCACGGAAAUUUCUGAUGACACAAUGCCAACGCCAAACUCAUCUGCUUUGAUAUCGUCGAUGUCGAUGCACAAAUCGCACAGCCAUCAAAAACUUGAAAUGCGUCAAAGUUGUGCGAGUCAAAUUACCACCGUCGAGGAUGUUGAUGAAAUUUGCAAAUUGUCGUUAACCGAUGAGCGGAAUAAUAAUGGCAUCACUGAUGAUGACGAGGACGAUGAUGAUGCGGAUGCUGAUGCUGAUGACGUUGACGAUGCCAUAGGGGAAAUUGAAAGUAAUAUUCUCGGCAGUGGCAGUUGUGGCGGUGGUAGCAGCUCACAUCAUUACUCCAACAGUCAUUCAAAUUCUUCGUUAUCUUCAUCAGCGGCUGUUCUCACACGUGAUAACAUAAUGAUUCCUUAA